AAUUACUUUGUGAUGUUGUCAGUGAUUCUCUUAUGUUGCCAAGCCGCACGCUCAGCUCCUCUCCAAACAAACCACCGAUCAACCAGCAAACCUAACACUCUUCGUUUUGCUUAAUUAACUUUCGCUUCUGUACUCGUUCAACGAAAAUAUGGGUGAUGAGGACGUGAUUCGCCGCCGCCUCCUGAUUGACGGUGACGGAACCGGUGACGACAGGCGACUCAACGCGUUGCUGAAAACGUUUGUCAAGUGGUGCGCAGGAGACGAGCCAGAAGCCGAAAGCCGACAGACUCACGAUAGAAUGCUCGCUCUUGCAGCACAGUGCGAUUUCGCACUUUCCAAAGCCCACCUGACUAGCGCCAUGAGUGCAGAGGAGCUUCACAAUUACGAAGAAUGGUCUAAAAAAAUUGAAUUAGAUAUUGCAACGGCCAAACAAGACAUAGAGAAAACAAAGCGCGAGCUGAAGAAUGCUCGCACUGUUCGUAGAAACAGGAUAGAAUAUGAUUUAUUGGCUAAAGUAAUUACUGAGCAGCCGGACCGAAGAAAAACUAAUGAAGAGCUAUCACAACUACGAGAGGACCUGAGUGCAUUGCAAGCUACCCGUGAAGCUUUAGAGAAAAAAUUAAAUAUGCGCCGCAAGCAAUUCCAUGUCCUAUUGUCGAGUAUGCACCAACUUCAGACGCUACUUGAUGACAGUGAGUCUGAAAUGAUGGAUGUGUCUCUGGAUGAUGUUGAUGAUGCGGACAAUUCAGAGUCAACACCUUCAUAAAUAUUUCAUUUAAUCAAUUUGGUUUUGGUCAUCUGAAUGUCAAAGGUUAUUGGCCGUUAUUUAACUGUGUGGUAUGACUGAAUAUAUUUACCCUCUGUUCUUU